CCUCAUACGAGCGAAUCUACGCUGACUGAAGCGAUUUCAAGACGUCAAAAGCAGGUUCCCUGCUCCAUCUUCUAUAGGCGAGGAUUAUGCGAGGACUCCGUCUGUAUCCAAACUCACGUACAUCUCAACGAACAACACGAAGAGGUCCAAGCCAUCUGUCGCCAAUGGCUCCAGGGUCGAUGCCGCACGAGCGACUGCUCCCGGCGUCACGGAUGGCCUUCGUUCGUGACGUUCGACGAGGCAGCACGUUCGGUAGAACCCUCAGGCAAAGGCGGCAAUCCGCUCGAUGCGGCCCCUGAUAUACAGCCUUCCGCCACUUCCAUACCGUUGGCCGACACUGCUUCGUCAGAGACCCGGGUUGAUGUCUUCAUCCCCACUCUUCAAGGCAAUGCCUUCAAUCCGGAAGUGACGUACCUGCAACCUUGCGCGGCGUUUUACGCUCGUAGCUUCUGUCUGCUGGGAAAAGAGUGCCCGUUUGCUCACUACUCUCUGCGAAUCCUACCAUUUUACACGUGUGGCUCGUGGUUGAAGGGAGAAUGCCGCGACUCCUCCGCAUGUUCGUCAGUGCAUGUCCUGCCUACGAUACAACGCACCUCUUUCGACGGAAACGGCAGGUCGCGUCGGGAGAAGCGAAAGUGGGUUCGCGGAGCUCAGGACAAGGCCACUCGGCGAGUACGUUUGAGGGCCACGCCUGUUUUGCCCAGUGGCACCGUUGCUCGGUGCUCUACCGAGGCCACAACUAUCUAUCCUCCCACGAUCGGUACAGCCGAUGGGUCUGCCAUGUUCGAUUGGUCCACCACCCGCGACGUGGCCCACCGACAAUUUCUAUAUAAACCCGCGUACCAGUACAACUAUGGUUGGGGAUUCGACCCAUCCGACACCUUCGGUCUUUACGCCACUUCAACACUACGAGAUAGCCCUUUCCUGGAGCAGGCUCCUGAGGACGACUUCUGUAGAAGUCCCGAUCACACGGAUACCUGGACAAGCGGCGAAUCCGAUCAGAGCUGGUCAGAUAUGGUCGACGCAUUGGAGAGUCUCCCUGCCGGAAGGCGAGCAAGACCUGAACCGCCCUUGCCAGAAAUCGCGAACCGCCAACGACAAACAACGCCACCCCAUUCGGACGUUUUGCCUGCGGUGGAGCAAGAGCAAGAACUUUCCUCGGACGCACAGACCCUCUACGAGUUCACCUCUACCAAGAGGGUCAAGGCCUCGCACGUCGACUUAGGUUCGGACUCGUACGCAGAAUAUCACUCUUCGAGCAGCUGCUCUGCGGCCAAUAUCAAAAUCGCUCCGGCCAAGACCGAUGCCAUAGUCGUGAUGACAGCGAAAACCUCAGCAGAGCCGGACUGGUCUCAGCUAGAUAUACACACCCUCGUUCGACUCCUUCUAGCCCGUGACGGCCCCAGGGCCGUGGAUAACGACCUCAUCGUCUUCAUGGCUUCCACCGCCCGUCCUCCAAGUCCCUUCGCAUUCCCGCAGCCCGGCAAUCCCAACCCGUCACCGCCGCCCCAGUCAGGCCUACGCGUCCCGCUUUCGAACGCGCGUCAGACAGCGAAGGCGUCGUCUGUGGUAACGGCGCCGGCUUCUCCGAACACGGAAUCACAAUCGCACUCCAAGGGCUGGAUCGGUAACGCCGUCGGCACUGCCCUUCGUUGGGCGAAAACGCGCGUGUCGGAUAUUGUUAAGGAUGGUCAGAAGGAGAAUCAAGCCACAAGCCUGCUGCCAACUUCGCAGAAGCUUGAUCCCCACAAGAAUGCACAGACUCUACAAGGUGCGCCUCCUGGCGCUUUCACGACGCCCACAAGCGUAUCGGCAUCGACAACGCCCCGUAUCCCUCCGCCGCCUCCAAGCACCGUCUCGGGACUACCAAAGGCUUCGGGUCCUGUGCAACUACCCUCCAAGACGUCCCUUGUUUCCAAAGCGGCGCCGCCUCCCCCAAGCGCUGCUCCUGGCCCGAAAUUGACAAGCACCGCACCGUCGGCACCCCCUGCGAGCUCCGCACGUGCUGCAGCACUCCCUGUCCCCGAUGCAACGCGAGCGCCCGCACUGAUCAAGUUCGUGCCGUGGCCGACGACCUCUACCCCUACUCAACCUACAGGCAAGGAUGCAAAUGACGGAGUCCAGUUCGUCCCUAUCCACCCGAUCUCCCCGGGCGUCCCGCCGUCCAGCGACCCGCCGCUGGAUUGGAUCGUCGGGCUCGACGGGCCACCGCCGCUCAAUUACCCGUCGCCGUCAGCGCCGUUUACGGAAUGGGAGCGCUUCGGGCGCGAGCUGAACCCGCUGUGGGCGCUCUCGGCCGCGCACUACGUCGCGCACCUCACCUGGACGCUGCCCGAGCGCAUGCUCCUGGACGAGAUUAUGACCCGCGUCCGCGGAGGGCCGGCCCAGUUCUCGAGCAAGCUUGACUGGGAGUGGGUCGCGACCAUGUUCAACUACGGGAACCGUCGGGCGGCGACGGCGGAGGAGGCGGCGUACGAGGAGCCGAUUACGUUCGAGGUACAACCGCUCGUUCCCGUGCCAUCGACCGACAAUGCGCCACGGCUGGAUGUGGGACCGUUCUACGAGGCGACGAUACGGCGGAAGCCGCUCGUGCCGUGGACGCGCACCGGGCGCGAUUGCGCGAUGAUGGUGUACGUUGAGAUGUGGUGGGGCGAGCGUCGGCUGCCGUCCAUGAUCUACAAGUCUGUGGACACGGAGGAAUUCUUCCACGUUUGGAGGGCGGUCGUGAUGACUAUGGCCAGAAUCAACGUACCUAUACUUCCUAUGCUCAUCCAGCCGAAGCUGCAAAGGGAGGAUUUAAAUCUGCACAGACUGACGACGCGACUUCGGAAGGCUCGUCAAGCUCUGUCGCGACCCCUCAAGGUUCCGGCAGGCACAUUCGGCGACAUGUCUUACACGUUAGACACGACCGCAGCAUGGUUCGAGUCUGACAAGGUCAAGAAGGCCCGUCCCCAUGCCUUCCUCGAAGCACGCGACGAAGAUCCACGCGACCUGCCAGUCCAUCUCCGCAACUUGAAGAUCCCGCCUCCACCCCGACCUCGUCCCAGUUAUUGA